AUGGCUUUCAGUCACAGGAGAUCCUCUCGACGUCGACCAGCAAGGCAUGAUCCCAGAUCAGACAAUCAGGAGGUUCAACCCUCCACAGGACUUAGUAGUGGAGAGAACCUCUCUGAAUCCCAGAACCCAGCAACUCCAGUCGACAUAUUGCAAUGCAGCGAUAUUUCAAAUUUAAAAGAGAAAUUUCGGCAAUACUGGAAGUUCUUUCACAUGUGGCUGCAGCCAGAGAAUCACAGCAAGGAGGAAAUGAUUUCCAUCAUAGUUCUGGAGCAAUUUAUGAGGGAAAGGCACUGCCAAGACAGGCCUGCUUUGAGGGAGAAAUGGAAUUCAAAUAGUAGAAACAUGAACAAAUUCAUGGAAGACCUAAACAAUCAUCUCUCACAGCCAGCUGGUUAUGUCCACGUCAAGAUGCAGGGACAGGAACUCCGGGUUUCAGAAGAUGCUACUUUAGAUGAUGUCAUUGCUGCCUUCAAAAAUAAACAGUCUGCAGAGACUCUAAGAGAAAAUAAUUCGGGGAUUCCCUUCCAGACUCCUGAAGAUCUUCCUGCACAAACAGGACAAGGAGAAUAUGAUGAUGACAAUGGUGCAGUUUCUCAGGUGACCACCCAAGAAAACAACAGUACCAGUACAGACAACCAAGAACUUGUUCUACGUAUAAUCCCAGAAGAAAGUGUGCCCACAUUUGAAGCGGGAGGUUCUGUUGCAGACAAUCCAGAAGAUGCCAGAAGAGCUGAUGCAGGCACCCAGACAGCUCUGGAACAACCCCUAGGAAAAGGCCCUCAAGAUAGUAACACAAAAGUUGAAAAUGAAAGUUGUUCAAGUCAGGAAGUUGACUCAACAACUCCUGAGCCUCCCUCUGCUCACCAGAGUAAUCAGGGACAACCCUCACCUGGGGAACACAAAGAAAGAGUUCCAGAAUCCUCAAAAUCACUCAAAUGUGAGGAAUGCCACAGGGUCUUCACAUAUCCCUCUCAGUUAAAAUACCACAAAAGACGUCACAAGAACGAGAGGCCCUAUGUUUGUACCACGUGCCCGAAAAGCUUCUUCCAGAAAUCAGACCUGACAGUGCACCUGGUGACUCACAAGAGUGAGAAGCCUCUCAAAUGCAGCUUCUGUGACAAAGCCUUCAGCCACAGAACCAACUGGCUGUCUCACGAGCGGAUCCACACAGGAGCCAAGCCCUACAGGUGCUCUGAUUGUGGAAAGUGUUUCCGCCAGUCAUCCACAUUCCGUCGCCAUGAGAGGACUCACCAGCGUUAA